UAAACACUACCUACUCCGCCAUCGUCACUUCGCUGAGCUCACUUCGUAACGUGUGCUACUCAACUAAAUUUCCAUAGUAUAUCAGCAUAAUUGCGGAGUCUGCUUGAUUCAUUACUUGGCAAUACACAGCGCAACACACAACUAUACCAUUAUGACAGACAGUUCAGGUCUCAAAGAAAAUGAUACGCCUGCACCAACGCACCCAGCACCUAUCUCGACCACCAACCCGCGAUCUCCACACACCAAAGACGCUUUGUCUCGAAUCAAUCCGAGCCCCAUGAGCCAUCGUCAAAGCUUCGGGGAGAAUCUCCGGGGCAUCCCGUCCUCUCCUCGACAACGACACCCUUCCCUAUCACAACAUGCACUUCAAGAAUUGCUCGACAACCCACCUGUUCGAGGUAAUGGAGACCCAAGAUUUCGAGGCCGGGAUUGGCGGACACUGCAACUAGGCGAGAUCGUUAAGGAGAAGGAGCAACAACUACAAUUCGUGACCAUGGAUGACAGCGUCGAGACUGCCACCAACCUCCUGGUGAAUCCGAAUUCCACAAACGUAGUCCUAAUAAGAGAAAGCAGUGAGACGCAGGCCGUAAUCGGUACAUAUGACUACGCAGACCUGAAUGCAUAUCUUCUCUUGGUUGUCGGCCUGGCUCUACCGGAAGAGGGACAAACGGAGUCUUUCGAAGAAUUGGCAAAAAAAGGGCGAGAAGGGAAACCUAUACCACUAAAGGACGUGAAAGACCUGGGUAGAAAAGAGCCCAUCAUCACUCUUGCUGAUACCGCCGAUCUCACAAAAGCUAUGGAAGUCUUUGGCAGCGGCAUACAUCGUUUAAUCGUGGUUAAAGAAGGCACUUUUGACGUUGUUGGAGUUCUAUCACAGUUACACCUCCUAGGCUUCUUCUGGGAGCAUCGCAGUAGCUUCCCGGCUCUCGAGCCCCUAUACAGCGGCGUCUUGAAGGACUUGAACAUCGGGUCGCAUUCAGUCUACUCAAUCAAUGGCGAUAAACCCCUGACGACAGCUCUAGAGCUUAUGAAUAACGAAGGCGUCACCUCUUUGCCCGUUCUUGACAGUCAACGGAACGUCAUUGGGAACAUCUCCAAUGUGGAUGUCCGGCUACUAACAAAGUCUACUUCGCUGCCAUUGCUCAGUUCGUCUUGCAUCCAUUUCAUCUCUGUGAUCCUCUCGGAGCGUGGUAUGGACGAUGGCAAAGAUUCUUUCCCUGUCUUUCAUGUUAGCCCAUACUCUACAUUGGCGCACACUGUGGCUAAAUUGGUUGCCACCAAGUCUCACCGUAUGUGGAUAGUGGAUGCUCCAUCGCCUGCUUCGUCUGCGCCGAGUACACCUGCAACCACACCUGCUGUGCUACACCCUCCAGCGCCUUUCAGUCAAGCAACAUCGACUAUGACACCUCAUGGUAAUAACCUAGGAGCUCCCGCUGUAUCAGCUUCUGCUCUACCAGGCGCUCAUCUAUCUGGACGUCUCUCGGGUGUCGUUAGUCUUACAGAUAUUCUCAAUGUCUUUGCCCGGGCCAGCGGCCUUCACCCUCACGACCCAGAUGAGAUGCGGAGGCAUCGGCGACGGAGCAGCAGUAGCAGCAUCAGGAGAAGCGUAGACAGCAACCGCAGCGGGAGCGUCAGUGGCCGCGAAUCUGGAAGGACCGGUGUGAGCAGUGGUGUGGGCGUUGGGCGAAGCACGAGCGUGGCAGGGAAGAGAGCAACGUGAAGUUGAUGAUGAAAGAAGAGAAUAUAAUCAAGGGUCCGCGACUGUCUUCAGCUGGGAAACUUGUCAGACUCCCGUAUUGUGCUGAAAGAGCCAAGCUGGCUUUGUAGAUGGCUAGAUACUGCCACACACUAGAGGCUGGAAUAUGAUCUUGAGGCUACCGAUUCAAAAGAAAUUGUUUCGAUUAUUACUCUGGAGGUAUAUAUACCAGCAGGCCUGAAGGCAAUCAUGCACAUGGUACAUCAACAUCAUGAUGUAUCACCAUGUAUAUGAAUCGUAUGGAAAAG